AUGGCCUCAUCCGGUCUCGGGAGAGGUUCCAUCUUCCUUGCUCUUUGUCUGCUGCUGGUGCUCUUACCAGGUCGCGCCGCCGCCUUUGGCGCUGGCAACAUCCCCUCCAUUGCUCAGGUCGAGGGUCACAACUGGCGUCAUGGAGAUAUCGAGGAUAUGCUCAAGACCAUUGCCUUCUUGCACGGCAAGAAAUGGACUUCCAUGUUGGUGUCGCGUGUCUACUUUGGAAACUGGCUUCGCGACUACUCUCAGGCCGUCGAUGUAGGCAGCUUGAAGGGAGUGAACGCCCCCACCAUCAGAAUUCUGGUUUGGGUUCUUUCUUUCAUGGCCUUCGGCUAUGCGACGGAAGAGUUCGAGGUAACCGAGGAGCGCCUCGGCGUCUACCGUCCCGAAGAGCACAUCGACAACCCCCUGGGCUACGCCGACGGCAUGGACGCGCGCAAGUUUGACCCUCGCCUGCGCGGUCCCGUCGACCCCAUCGAAACUCGGAUCGAUCCACGCACUGGCAUGAAGAACUACAUCGCCAACGAAUCUGGUGGCUGGGCGACCAGCGCUGGCUACUUGCGCUUCAGCUUCGCCCGCAGCAUUCACUUCGGUCGGGUCUACACGAGCGGUUCGCGUGGCUCCGGAAAGGAGGCAGACCUUUGCGAGGCAUUGCGUUGUCUCGGACAGGCUCUCCACUGCAUGGAGGACUUCAGCGCUCACAGCAACUACUGUGAGCUUGCUCUGCGGGAGCUGGGCUACCACGACGUCUACCCCCACUGCGGUGCUGCCACAGAAAUUAACCUGAAUGGCCGCCGUGUUUUCCCUCUCGUCACCGGAACCUUUGGUGCUGUGGAUUUCCUGCACUCCGUUCUCGGCGAAGCCACGGACCACUUCACUCAGUCCGAGGUGGAUGAAAUGAACGUCGCGCUUCAGAACGCCGAAGGCAUGACCGCAAACCUCACUGGUGGCGGCACUGGGUCCCGUGGCUUUCUGGGGCUCGGCUCGUCGAAGCCGAAUGACUUUAUCUCACUUGUCAGCCAGCUCCCGGGCAUUGGUGGAGAUCUGGCAGGUCAGGCCCGCGAUCUACAGUCCAGAUCGGCUGCACAGGAGCAGCAAAACACCCGUUCAGGCGGCGAUCUCAGCCGCGACAGCGCAAACCAGGUACCCGGCAUGAGUACCAACUUCGACCCUGUCGAGACUGCCCGUAAGAUCUACCCGAUCCUGCAGUUCCGAGAUAAGAUUGUCAAGUCCAUCAGCAACCUCAUCUCCAAGAUUCCUGGCUUGGAGAAGCUCUUGGAUCACAUCAGUGAGACACUGACUGCAUUCAUUCUGGGACUGUUGGCGCCGUUCGUCAGACCUAUCAUCACCCAGGUUUCCAAGGUCCUCAAGGAUGGUUCCUCAACCGUCAUUGAUGCCAGCUCCAACUCUCAGCUGGAGCCCUGGAAGAACCCCAGUUGUGAUGACCCGACCCACUCCAUGCUGUCUAAGGAUCACUUCACCAACAUUCUCAACUCGUGCGCGGGCAGGGUUGCUGCGACGAUCUUGCAAUAUGUCGUCCCGCGUAUUCUUUACGCAUGGGAAAACCCUGGAGUGCCCGUCGACGAGGUCGUUGAUGACGUCCUCCGGGCUUUCCACCACCCGGCAGCCCGCGACGACAGAAUACAAAUACAGAGAGACAUGUUCGAGACGGUUCGCAAGUGGGUGAAUGAGAGUUCCCAUAAGCAUGAGCUGUCUCAUCUUCUCUCGUCCGAGUCGGUCAAGACUGGUAAAAACCACAUUCUCAGUGGUGGUAACAGCACGAAGAGUGUUGGUGGCCCCGGUCACACACACUCCCACGGAGCCUUUGACGGUUUCGGGGAGCUGGGCCAUGGCAAGGUUCAGGGUUCGCUCUGGAACCAGAUCCGCACGCGAGACCUGAACUCUAUGGAGGGCGAUGACAGGAAGCCUCUGUCGAGCUCUCCUCUUCCUCCAUCGCGACCGGACUACGGAUAUCACGAAAGCCAGGGCGGAAGCAGCCACCACUACUCGGCCUCGCAAUCCCAGGGCCACGCCUCGAGCUACUACAGCCAGCCCGAACCACAAGGCUACGGCCAACAGCCACCUGCCCCGCCCGCGGGUCAAUGGGGCCAUCCUCAGCCCCCACAAGGAUACGGCGGUCCCGGUUACGGUCCCGGGCCCGGAUACGGCGGCCCCGGAUACGGUGGACCGCCGCAGCCCCAAUACCCGCCUCACCACCAGCAACCGCCCGCUCCUCAUCAUCAGCAGGGUGGCUGGAGCCAGUACCCAGGCCAGCACCGCUACUGA